GUUCAGCACCAAUUGCCACGGUGCCAUGGUAAGAAGAGAAUCAGCUUUGUAGGACAGAAAACCCACGGUUAAACCUCAAGCUACCUUGAUGACCACAAAUCCUGCUUCUUAAUACAGAUUUCAGAUAUCGAAAACAUAUCCUGGAUAAACCAUCAUGAUUCCCAUCACAGAGCUCCGGUACCUUGCUGACACCCAGCCUACGUACCGUAUCCUGAAGCCAUGGUGGGACGUUUUCACCGACUACAUCUCAGUCAUCAUGCUGAUGAUUGCAGUCUUCAGUGGUACAUUGCAGGUCACUCAAGACAAGAUGAUCUGCCUGCCUUGCAAGUGGGUGGUCAACAAGUCAUGCAAGACCAUGCCUCACCAAAACACGACCGCCCUCUCUCCAUUGGAACCCAAAGGCAUUCUGUACGACCUCGACCGUCAUCAGUAUAAUUAUGUCGAUGCGGUCUGCUAUGAGAGUGAACUACAUUGGUUUGCAAAAUAUUUCCCUUAUCUGGUGCUACUCCACACCCUCAUCUUCCUGGCCUGCAGCAACUUCUGGUUCAAGUUUCCCCGCACAAGCUCAAAACUGGAGCACUUUGUCUCCAUCCUCCACAAGUGCUUUGACUCCCCGUGGACAACGAGGGCUCUGUCGGAGACCGUGGAGAAGGAAAGCGGUGCCAAACAUCUAGGAAAAAUGAGCGCUACGAUGGACAAGAAGGCCUCUGGUGUGAGCGACGAUGUUGAGGCUAGUGUGCCAAUGCUUCAACGAAAGUCCAGAAUUGACCAAGGAAUAGUAGAUCGCUCAGAAACUGGGGUUUUGGAUAAAAAAGAAGGUGAGCAGGCUAAGGCCCUUUUUGAGAAGGUGAAGAAGUUCAGGAUCCAUGUAGAGGAGGGUGACAUAGUCUACCUUCUGUACAUACGGCAGACCAUCAUCAAAGUGAUCAAGUUUUUACUGAUAAUUAGCUACACAGCCUACUAUGUACGCUACAUCAGGUUCAGUGUAAUAUGCGCAGUGAACAUUCAGAAGCUAACAGGGUACAGCACAUUCUCCUGUGCCCACCCGUUAGCAACACUUUUCAAGAUUUUGGCCUGUUUCUACAUCAGCCUGGUUGUGGUUUAUGGUCUUAUCUGCAUGUACACUCUGUGUUGGAUGCUCAGCCGCUCGCUCAAAACCUACUCGUUUGAAUCAAUCCGAGAGGAGAGCAGGUACAGCGACAUCCCUGACGUGAAGAACGACUUUGCUUUCAUGCUACACAUGAUAGAUCAGUAUGACCCUCUGUAUUCCAAGCGCUUUGCUGUGUUUCUGUCAGAGGUGAGUGAGAACAAGCUGAGGCAGCUGAACCUGAACAAUGAUUGGACACUGGAGAAGCUGAGGCAGCGCAUCACCAAGAACUCCCAGGAGAAGCUGGAGCUGCAUCUGUUCAGACUCAGUGCGAUCCCAGACCCAGUGUUUGAUCUGACCGAGCUCGAAGUGCUCAAGCUGGAGCUUAUCCCUGACUUAACGAUACCACCAACCAUCGCCCAGCUUCCCAACCUGAGAGAGAUGUGGCUUUACCACACGCCAGCUAAGAUUGAGGCUCCAGCUCUGGCUACCCUCAGGGACAACCUGAAGUCUCUCCACAUCAGGUUCAGUGACAUCAAUGAGAUCCCUCUUUGGAUCUACAGCCUGAAGGGCCUCAUUGAGUUGCACCUCACUGGGAACCUGGGCUCUGAUAACGAUAGUUUAAUUGCCAUCAAUGGGCUCAGAGAGCUCAAAAGGCUCAAAGUGCUUCGUCUGAAAACCAGCCUGACCAGGCUGCCACAGGUAGUGACAGAUGUGGGCGAGCACCUCCAAAAGCUGUCCAUCGACAACGAAGGCACCAAGCUGAUGGUUAUCAACAACCUGACGAAAAUGGUCAACCUGACGGAGCUUGAGUUUGUUCACUGUGACCUUCAACGCAUCCCUCAUUCCAUCUUUAGUCUGUACAAUCUGCAGGAGAUUGACCUUAAGGACAACAAUCUGAAAACAAUAGAGGAGGUCAUCAGCUUCCAGCACCUGCACCGGCUUGCGUGCCUGAAGCUGUGGUACAACCAUAUCAAGUACAUCCCCUAUAAAAUAGGAGUGCUUGCCGACCUGGAGAGGCUGUAUCUCAACAGGAACAAGAUUAUGGAUAUCCCCAGCGAGCUUUUCUUCUGUCGCAAGCUGCGCUUCUUAGACCUGAGUCACAACAAUCUGACCAGCAUCCAUGCUGACAUUGGCUUCCUCCAGAACCUGCAGUACUUUGCUGUAACAGCGAACCACAUCGUGACUUUACCCCCAGAGCUCUUCCAGUGUAAGAAGCUGCAUACUCUGAAUCUGGGGAGCAACUGCCUGCAGACGCUGCCAUCCCGCUUUGGAGAACUCACCGGGCUGACCCAGCUGGAGCUGAGGGGGAACCGCUUAGAAUGUCUCCCUGUGGAGCUCGGCGAGUGUCGGCUGUUGAAGAGGAGCAGCCUGGUGGUGGAGGAGAACCUGUUCAACACGCUGCCAUCAGAGGUCAAAGAGCAGCUUUUGAGGGCUGACAAGUAGCAAGCUUGGGCCAAACCCUCAGUGGUGAGCUGUAAAGGAGAGAUGGUUGAUUUGAGGGUAAAAAAACGAGCAGUGAUGUUGCUUAUGAACAGCGGCAAACUUCAGUUUGAGGUUUGCUGCGUUGUUAGCCAUGUGGGCUCAGAAAAGUGAGUAUGGACGUCGACUUUCAAGACUUCCAAAGAGAAAUCUCAUCCAACUGCAGUAGGACCUUUCUAAAGAAAACCUGUUUCGUUGAAAGAGCCAAAAAAAACAGAUGAACAGAUGUGGGCAGGGUAGAUUUUAACUGGGAUCUGUGGUGAAGAAAUGCACCGCUUUUCUCGUACUCUUUAUUUUGCUUCACAAAACGUGUCGUAUUUAGACAUGUGAAGCUAGCUUUACCUUAUUUUGCAUGACGAAGCAUCACAUACAUUACUGAUGUGUCAUAUACAUUUUGUGAGAUGGGCUUUUUAUGGGCCUCAAGAAUCUAUUUUGACUCCAGGAUACAUCAUUUGUUGCUUCGAAAUGCUUCCACACACUGGCAUCAUGUUUGUGCCUGUGAAUCAGCCUGUAUUGUGUUUGGAAGAUUCAGUCACGAAGAUUCUGUGGAUGACUGAAGGCCUCUGAGUAACAUUUUAAUUUAAUUACAUUAUUUGCUUGUUUGUUUUUGCCUUAAUUUGACAGUGGUUGGUGAAGAGGCCGACAGGAAACCCCGGGGAAAGAGAAAGGGUGUUACGUGAAAUAAAGGCCCCUGAUGAAAUGGAAUUAUUGAUGGAGUGAAUGGUAAUUCAGGAAGACGGAAACCGUGGAUGUCUUAAGCAGAAGUAUUUAUUAUAAGAGCUCAAUAUUGAGGAGACUUCUGGUUCGCUACACAGAUCAACAGGUUCACAGUGUAUCACGUCCCAAGACCGUCUG